AUGGCAACGAGCGAUAAGAGCUUUUUAUCUAGAAAGGUCGUCUCAGCGGAUGGGCCUAAACAGGACGAAAUAAACCACAAUCCAUCUUUAGAGGAGUGGUGUGCCACCUGCAUUGAGCCCGAGGAGGAGUCGAACCGUCGUCGCUCCGUUUUGGAGCGAAUUCACAAUAUUGUAAGGGUGUGGAUUCGUGUCCUCAUGAUCACAGAGUUUCGUAUGCCGGAGGCUGCUGCUGCGGAGGUUGAGGGACGCAUCUUUGCUACAGGUUCGUAUCGUUACAACGUCCACACAUCGGGUAGCGAUAUUGACAUGGUGCUUAUUGCACCAAAUCGUAUCACACGAGAGCACUUCUUCGAUACCUUGGCCCCGAGGCUUAAGAACGAGCGGUGGGUGACGGAGCUACACUGCAUUCGUGAUGCUCGCGUGCCGAUUAUCGCGAUGGUAUGCGAUGGUAUCGACAUAGAUCUUUCUUUCGGUUCCAUUCGACAGGAUCGGGUACCGGAGGUGAUUACCGACGAUCUUUUGCAAGGAUUGGAGGAGCAAUCCGUUCUGAGUUGUAAUGCUGUGCGUGUAGCGCACAAUGUCAUGGAUCUCGUCCCCAACAAGGCCGUCUUUCGGCAGACCCUUCGGUUUGUUAAAGCCUGGGGUAAGGCUCGUCUUAUUUACAGCAAUACCUUUGGCUUUCCCUCAGGCAUCGGUUGGGCCAUCUUAACAGCCUUUGUCUGCCAGUGCUACCCCAAACAGAAUGCAGCGGGCAUGGUAUCACGCUUCUUUCGUGCGUAUCAUACGUGGUUUAAACCGAACCCACACGAGACUGGCACCGAAAACCGUGCUAUUUACCUCACGGCGUCGAUGCGUGGCAAAACACACCUUGGGCGCUGCUGGGACCCCCGAGAGUCGAACUCGGAUGCCAUGGCACUGUUCCCUGUUCUUACCCCUGCUUUACCCUACACUAACGCCUGCUAUAACGUUACAUUGACAAACCUGCGGCAGUUGUGCUCGGAGUUUAAGCGAGGAUAUGAGAUUGUGAGUAGCAGCUUGAGUAUGAAGCCUUCUGAGGCGAAGAGCGCCUUUGGUACGUAUGGAGUGUGGUCAAAACUAUUAGAGCCCGCCAAGUUUUUCGGUGAGUACAAGCAUUAUUUACAUGUGCAGGUUUCUUGUAGUGAUGCAGAACAUUAUCAAGCCUAUGUAGACGGUGUGGAGUCGAGGAUGCGUAUUCUUUGGGCCGGAAAUGCGAGCUCCCGCGGUCACACUCUUGAAGACUACAAGCAGCUCCGACUGUAUCUCAAUCCCCGUCGAUACGAGGACCCCGAGGAGGUUUUGCUGCGACAGCGGUUGUGUAAGAAGAUUCCCACCGGCACUACACGAAACAUCACAACUAACACUGUGGCAACACAGCGCCCCGGCUCUGGUUCCGUGGGUGGGGGGGAGGCACAUGAAAGCACCAACAACCACUCCCCAAUGCUUUUCACAGCGCACUAUUUCAUCGGUAUGACAGUUGAGACGUCUGUUGUGAGCACCAAAAUCGACUUGGCGCCCUCUAUUCUCACGUUCUACUCGAUAGUGAAGCAGCUGAAGCAGUACCGCGAGGGUGUCACGCGACUUCCUGUGAUCAAGGCGGUGGAUAUCCGGCACAUCCCUGAGUUUGUGCGGAGAGCAGAGGGCUUUUUGGAGCAGCCGACACUGGAGGAUGCAACAGCGGGGGGGGCGGCCGUUAUGAGUUCCACCGUCGUCCCUCAGGGUAGUGCGGCAGCGGACCAUCAUGGAGAGUUACCCGCCUUGCCGCAGGGCGCACCGCCUGAAGUGAAGGCGCUGAGCGGAUCUGGCGGUGCGGGCGACCAUCCAACGGCUGCCCAGCAGGGGGUGCGAGUGAACGGUGAUGCCCUUGCGGCGGUGGCGACGACGGAGGGUGGGCCGCCGCCACCGGAUCGCACCGCAUCCCUUCGUAGCACUGGUAACGUGCCGCGGAAGCGAUUUCGCGAGGCAGAUGAUGAUAACGAUGAUCUGGAACAGGCUCUAGGGCUGGAUUUUUAG